AUGCCACCAAUCGCUUCAUACAAUCCCAAGCUAUCUCUGUCUCACCGACAUGAAGCCCGUGCCGGCCAAGGUCCACAAGAUCGACCAUUAGAGUCGAUCUCAGUCCUAGCACCGUUCUCCGCUCUGAUCCUUUCCACCACGCUGAUAGUCCUAUUCCUGAUUCAAUUCCACCUCCUAGAGGGGUUUGUCAUGAAACGACUCUAUAGACGCGUCUACCACAAUCUCGUUACAACCGCAGUUGGUACUCUCUGUGAGACAAUCGUGGCAAUGUGGCUAUUUGGAAGUCUAUGGCAUAGAUGGGGGACUGCAUUCAAAGUUCUCGCGCCUAUUUUGAAUUCUGCGUUCUCGGCCGCACAGGUUCAUGGAAGUUUUGGUUUUUGGAAGAUGUACAGGCGUCAGCAAGGAUACAUGAAUGAGGAGAAGGAGUUGGAGAUUAUCAGACAUAUUACGGCAAGCUUGUCUGAGCCUUUUAAGCCCUCUAAGGCCUCGGUACAUGUGGCCUAG